AGUUGACACUGAAUAUAUAUGUCUCUGGAAAAUCGAAAGAGCCCGAAAUAGGAUAAAUCACAAGUUCGCAUAGCGCAACACUCGUCUAGGGUUUUGGCAUUCUCUCUUCCACAGGAGUCAGUCUAUAUUUAAAAAGAAUGGGCGAAACAGGGAAGCGGUUUCGUUCCCAGAGAGACCAAGAUGGUGACAACAAGAUUCAGAAAAGACGGGUAAAUGAAAGAGAUGAAAAGGGUAGUGAUGAAUUGAUAGUUUAUAGGAUACUGUGCCCAGAUGGGGUUAUUGGGAGUGUAAUUGGUAAAAGUGGGAAAGUUAUAAACUCGAUAAGACAAGAUACAAGGGCAAAGAUUAAGGUUGUAGAUCCAUUUCCAGGUGCCAAGGAUAGGGUUAUAACCAUCUAUUGCUAUGUUAAGGAGAAGGAAGAAGUUGAAGUUGAUGAUGAAUUUAAUGACAAGCAGCCUCUAUGCCCUGCCCAGGAUGCCCUUCUUAAAGUGCAUGCUGCCAUUGUAAAUGCUGUAGCUUCACUUGAGAACUCUGACAAAAAAAAGAAAGAUAAGGAGGAAUGUCAAAUUCUUGUUCCAUCUAGUCAGUCUGCAAAUGUUAUUGGUAAGGCAGGUGCUACCAUAAAGAGACUGAGAAGCAAGACGAGAGCAAAUAUUAAGAUAACUGCCAAGGAUUCCACUGACCCCAGUCAUUCAUGUGCUAUGGAAUUUGACAACUUUGUUCUGAUAGCUGGUGAUUCGGAAGCAGUGAAGAAGGCACUGUUUGCAAUUUCUGCAAUCAUGUACAAGUUCACUCCUAGAGAAGAAAUUCCUCUUGACACUACUGUACCAGAAGCCCCUCCCAGCAUCAUUAUCCCUUCAGAUGUCCCGAUAUAUCCUGCUGGUGGAUUCUAUCCUAGUGCAGACUCUAUUGUGUCUGCUAGAUCUGUUCCUCCUGUCUUAGCUGCUACACAUGUACCAGAACUUCAGGGUUAUUCAGACAUGGGCAGUACAUGGCCAGUUUAUUCAUCUAACCUUCCUGUAGUUUCUGGUUAUGGAGCAUCACGAUCUGAGGAGUUAAUUAUAAGAGUUUUGUGCCCAUUUGACAAGAUUGGGCGUGUUAUUGGCAGGGGAGGGAGUUCCAUUAAAAGUGUAAGGGAGGCUAGUGGUGCACAUGUUGAGGUUGAUGACACCAAGGCUGAUCGUGAUGAGUGUCUCAUCACUGUCACUUCAACAGAGUCUGUCGAUGAUCUGAAAUCCAUGGCAGUUGAAGCUGUUUUAUUGCUGCAAGCUAAGAUAAAUGAUGAAGAUGACGACACUGUUGCUAUACGUCUUCUUGUUCCAUCAAAAAUUAUUGGGUGUAUUAUUGGGAAAAGUGGUUCAAUUAUUAAUGAAAUUAGGAAGAGAACUAGAGCUGAUGUUCGCAUCUCAAAGAGUGAGAGGCCCAAGUGUGCUGAUGCCAAUGAUGAACUUAUUGAGGUGGUUGGAGAAGUUGGUAGUGUGAGAGAUGCACUUGUUCAGAUUGUUCUGAGACUUCGGGAUGAUGCAUUGAAGGAUAGGGAUACUGGUCACAAUACUUCUGCAGGCACUGAUUCUUUAUACUCUGGUGGUGCGGGUCUAUCAGUUUCUUCUGUUUUACCCUCUGCUCCUCCGGUUGCUCCAUUGAGCUAUGACCAGAGGGCUGAAACUGGAAGUGGCUUGGGCCUUCUUUCUUCAAGCAGCCUUUAUGGAUACGGAUCUUUGUCAGUGGGGGAGAAUGCCUAUGGAUCAAUGUCCUCUUAUUCAUCAAAGCUUUAUGGAGGAUUGCCUACACCAUCGACCUUUGACAUGGUGAUCCCUGCAAAUGCAGUGGGCAAAGUUAUGGGCAAAGGUGGGGCAAAUAUAGCAAACAUUAGGAAGAUAUCAGGAGCAGUUAUAGAGAUUUCUGAUUCCAAGUCUUCCCGAGGUGAUCGCGUGGCCUUGAUAUCUGGUACACCUGAACAGAAACGCACAGCAGAAAAUUUGAUUCAGGCUUUUAUAAUGGCCACCUGAGUUUUGAGGCCACUUCUUGGUAUUUGAAGGUGAAUUCUAGUUGAAACCUUGGAGCUCUUCCUCAUGUUUCCUCAAUGUAGUUCCUUUAGGUUUGGUCCUGGAGAAGGCUUCUUAUUUCUAGGUUUCUUCUUCUACUGGACUGCUUCUGUUUCUUCCAAUACAGUGCUGGGAAGAUUCACAACUGGCUCUAUUUUCAGGGAAUAUAGGUUUCUGUCUGUGUUGUUUAAUCCAUUCAUCAUCUGCCGUUAUCUUAGACCUUAUUAGGACCUUUCUUUCCUUUCGUAGUAUUUUAUGAGCUCUUAAUCUUUGACUGUUGUGGAGCCCAUCUUAUUUCCAAUAUUGCUAUGAUAUAAAUUUGAUGUUCGUGGCCACAAGUAUUUUCGGUAAAGACCAUUAUUGGCAAA